AGCUGCUAAAACUCAACCAUUAGGUAUUUGUUUUGUACAAAAAGCACUUUCAUAGCAUCAGUUCGAAAUAAAAUAGUAAGUUUUUGUACAGGGGAUCUCCAGAAAACCUGUGAAGACCCGCUCAAAAGCCAUUAAUAUGGUAUCAAAUCAUAUGUAUUCUGAAAGUAGACGCUUCAGGCUAUCUUUGCAUGUGCUUAUCUCAAAAUCCGAGAAUCGUCAUUUCUGAGGGGGGGGCCCUUAAUGAGGGAAGGGUUUUCUUUGCUAAAAUGUUUGCAGAGGCGCGGAAAAGGGUUUUUAGGGUCUAAAAAUAUGUUAAGGUUAAUCGUGGAUAAAAACUGCAUCGGAUGAGUUAACAUAAGACUGAUUUGAAAGGGGUUGAUUUGCGGUCCUAUCGUUCUCGGUCCUCUAUUUCUGAUGCUCUAGUAAAGAAAAAAGAAGACAUUUUAUCUUCUCACAGAAAACGAUGAUGAAGGCUAAUGAUCAAAACUACAUGAAUCACUGCAAAAUACCUUUUGUUAUUAGAUUGAAAUGGGUGUACGCAUAGCUGAGCAGAUUGUUUACUAUAGUUGCGAAUUUCGCAGAUUUAUUGUAAAAUAUGUGAUAUCACGACCAAUAAAAAGAUCAACUCAUCUUGCGAAACCCAUCCUUCGAAAACCUCAACGGUAUAGAACAUUUACAAUUCCUAAAAAAGCUUUACGACUACUAAGUGAUGAAGAGAAAAACGAUAAUAAAAACCACAACAACAUUCGUCCACAAAGUAACAAAGCUUCAACUAGUAAUGAUCAGACUGGACAAAUCGCAUCGUUCCUUGCUAAGCAUACAGCUAAUGAACGAAGAUCGUCUGGUGGCAACGACGCUCAGUUAGUUCAACUUAAUAAAGAUAACGAAUAUAUUCAUUUGAACAAGAAUAAAGACAUAUUUUUGAUUAUAUGUGAUGAGAAUAUACGAGAAUUUAUCCCCUUAGUUCAUGAUUUAUCGCAAGUAUAUUCAGUAUUCAUCUAUUGUUCUGAUAACGAUAUACAAUUACUAACAUCGUGGUCUCAAUCUUAUCCGAAGUCUAGUGGUGUAUUUAGUGUCGAAGAACGCCUUCUUUAUCAGCUGGUCAUUGCUUUAGCAUUGUACUGUACACACAUGGGUGAUGCUUACAGUCAAUCAGGUAAUUUUAAUUUAGCUGAUACAAGCUAUCAGAAAUCUGAUCAUUUCUACAAUAAAAUGAUUGAACGAUUACAAAAUCAACAUGCCUGA